UUAUAUAUCAACUAAGGAACAAACACACGAGUCAAGGUUAUCACUUAGUUUUCAAAUUCCUGAGCAACUAAAAGCUAUAGUUUGUUAAAUAAAACCAUAUGUAAUCUUCUGCAACUUUAGCUAAACUCCUGGUUUGCAGAGCGGCUCUGUGAACUAUAUGUAACYGACUACAGAUGCCAAACUCUGAUUACUGCUAACUGUAGCAACACCGUCCUGCUCAAGUCCUCUGUGCUCAACAGCGCACCAGGAAGACAACACGCUACGUCAUCGACACUAGCCAAUAGGAGCUUCGAAACAAAAAUAGCGCACACGGACUGACAGCCGAUAAUCCAAUCAGAUUCCAGACUUCACAUGUCAGUCUCCCUGUCCAUGUAACACGGACUUGAGCAGGUUCCAACGAUUGACAGUGUGUCCAGCAAGUCCGAAAAUUGGUGUUUUAUUGAAUGAGCCUGUAAACACGGGUGAGGUGGAAGUGGCAGCGUCGAACACAAAUCAAAAGUACCGGGGGAGACCGCGCGGUGGGCGGGGCCAACGCAUAGUGCGGUUGCAUCGCAGCGCAUACACAAUGGCUGCUCGAAAGAGGAGAAAGCAAACAAUUUUCAGGCCCGCCGCGUCCCGCAAAAAAUAUGAGAAAAAAAUUAUUAAAAAUUCGGAAAUUUGCUGAAAGUGGAGAAAAACACGACAGAAAGGAUGCGGAAGCGUCUGGGGCCCCUGAGUCCAGGCAGUGUUGAGAACAUACAGCUGGACAGAAUAGUCACAUCAGUGCUAGUUGGGAUCUGUGCCUUUGUCGAUGUAGCUGGUCUGCUUUAGGGUGCCAUGGCCACAGGAACCGAGGGCCAUCGUGACCACAUCCUGGAGAAAGCUAAGUUUGCACCACCUUUGGGGAGGCGCAGGAAAGCAGAAGGAAAACCCAAGAAGAAUUUCCCCUGCCAAGAGUGUCAAAAAGCGUUCAACAGUCUGGAGAAGUUGAAGGUGCACUCAUACUCUCACACGGGGGAAAGACCGUACCGCUGCUCCCACCUUGACUGCACCAAGGCCUUCGUCUCCAAAUACAAGCUGCUACGGCAUACGGCAACCCACUCACCAGAAAAAACCCACAAGUGUCCAUACUGUGAGAAAAUGUUUCACCGCAAGGAUCACUUAAAAAAUCACCUGCACACCCACGACCCCCACAAGGAGGCGUUCACCUGUCAAGAGUGUGGCAAGAGUUACAACACCAAGCUUGGCUUCAAGCGCCACCUGGCCCUCCACGCUGCCAACAGUGGAGACCUCACCUGCCAGGUGUGCCUGCAGCCGUUUCCCAGCACCGGCGUUCUUCUGGAACACCUCAAAACGCACGCAGGCAAGUCGUCUGGUGGUACCAAAGAAAAAAAGCAUCGCUGUGAGCACUGCGAGCGACGAUUUUACACCCGGAAAGAUGUGCGGCGCCACAUGGUGGUGCACACUGGACGCAAAGACUUUCUUUGUCAGUACUGCGCCCAGCGCUUCGGUAGGAAGGACCACCUGACACGUCACAUGAAAAAGAGCCACACCAGGGAGCUGCUGAGGGUAAAAACUGAGCCAGCUGAUUCGCUGGAGCCUGUUGUCUACAAUUUGACAUCUGGGAGCAUCAAAGGUGAGCUCCCAGGAACACUGACACCGAGGUCCCACCAGCUCAACAUGUAUACAGUCCCUGGUUUGGACACACAGCCCUUCUCCACUCCCACCUACCCGUUUUCUCUWAAGUACCCACUGGGCUCCAACUUUACCUCAUACACCAUCCCCUCCCAUGAGAGGGAACAGAACCUAAAGGGAGAACUGGAGACCUACCUGAUGGAGCUGCAGAGCAGUAUACCAUCCUCAUCCUCGGCUGCCCAAGAACCCCAGCUGUCCUCCUCCAAACUUGAGCUGGUGCCUCAAGUAGGUUUGCUGGAGGACGCAAGUGAGGAGACAUCCCUCGCCAAAAUCUCCACAGCAGCUGACUCUGUGGCCUCAUCUUCCUCUCUUAUGGACUUCUCUCAGCUGUUUAACUUCCUGCCACUCAAUGGGCCUCCAUACAACCAGUUAGGAGGUGGCGAGGGGCAGGGCAUCGCCUUCCCUCCCCCCGAGGAGCCCGCACCUCUUGUCCAGCUGUCUCCGCAGGCACCCACAGGGCCAGAGGCUGCAGAGAAUCUGCUUCAAGGACUUCCUUCUUCCUUCAUAUCCAACCUGAGCACACCCACCACACUGCCUCGCUUCCAUCAAGCCUUUCAGUGAUCCAGUAUGUACGGUCUUAAAGAUUUAGACCCACACUGAGCCUGCAACCCACAACAGCAGGUAUAAAUCCAAACAAAGCGUCAGUAAUAAAUAUUACAAGGUGUUAGUUAGCAAGUCUGUUCAUUUAUUAUAAGAUGACUGGACAUGAACACAACACGAUGCACCUAGAAUUCAGUAAGAUUUUUACUGAAACUUGGUCUAUUUGAUUGGAUAUUUUCCAACAAUCACAGUCUAGUCAGAUCCUAGUUUAACAUUUUGAAUGGUUUUAAAUAGACAAACAGGCAAAUCUUUGCCACCACUAUUCCAGGAAAACAGUUCUCUUACUUACUGCAUCUCUAUGUGUAUAUACUCCUCUAAAGUCCUAUUUUCAUACUGUUUUUUAAUCAUUUUAUAUAUCUAUUCUGAUUUGCUCUGAAGACAGGAAUAACUUUGCAUAUUUACAGAUUUUACAAUUUCUCUUUAUUAUCAACGAGAAAUAAGAUUCAGCCACAUGCUGGGGCUGAGACGAUGUGUUUCUUGUGCUGUACUUUAAUGAUUUCAGUUCAAAACUGCAGUAUAACAAAAAUCACAGCUUAAUAAUACCCAUGAGAGUGGCCAUGUGAAUAAGACUGCUGUAGCACCUUUUCAUUUUCAAGUCUAAAAAUAUAAAAUAGCUUGGCCUCAUCAGGUGCGUCAUUACAGGGAUGUGUUGUUGCUGUAAUGACCACGUCCACAGCUACAUUAGCAAAACCCAACCAGUUUCCAAACAAUUUGAUUGUUUCAGUUUCUUUCCUUCGUAUGGUGAGUUAUAAUAGUUUAUUUAAUGAAAUAAACAUCCACUUUGAAAUUGGCAAAAACUGUGAAAAAAAUGGUUACAAAGACUAUUUCAUGUUUUAAGUUGAAAAUAGGUUUAAACCAGUGUGUUGGUCUUUUCAAGUAUUACGCUUAUUUUUUCACAUUAGUAUUGUGAAGGUACUGAAUGAGAGCAAGGAACAGUAUUAUAGGGUCACAUUUCAUUAAUUUCCCAAUAAUGAGAACCUUGAAAUGUGUUUUGAUUAACUUUUUGAUAGUUAUCCUCCACUCCGAGUCUGAUUUAGCUCAUAAACUGUAAAUGAAAAUGGACAAUACACCACCGUCUGCUUCCAUUGUGCAACAGUGAAACCAAAAUAUCCCAUUUUCUGGCCCAAUUUUUUUGGAACUAGAGGCUGCACACUAGAGAUUUAGGGCUGAACCCUCGAUACACAAUCUUGUCACGAGGCCUUUCGUAGGCUUCAAAUUACUAAUUAUACCUAAACAUAUAUGAAAACAUUUGAACAUACAGCAAUGAGAAUUAACAGGAAAAACGUAGGAAACACCUGUUCCUUGUUGCCAACUUAGCAACUUCCUUGCGUUAUUUAGUGAGUUUUCAGACCCCUCUGGUGACUCGUUUUUAGAAAUUAAAAAUAGAGACAAAAAUAGCAACUCUUACUGGUGUUAUUGGAAACUUUUGAAGAUGGAUGUAAAAUUGUUCUUUCCAACAAGGGGUGUGUGCUGCUGUGGGCCCUUCCCUGGCCCAAAGCACCCUCAGGCGGUCCUGUCCUAAUGCAGCAUCCCUCCCGGCUGCUGUCAGCGCAGGAGAUGUUCAUCCUGCCGCAACCAGACAGUUAAUAAAUCACACACAGUACAACGCUGCUGCUGGCUUCUGGUUGGGGCAGGAUAAAAAUGUAUGUUUUUGUUUUACUCUAAAAUAAAUCCCUGCACUAAAAUAACUUUUUUGGGGGAGGGUGGGGAGCGAGUUCACUUUCUUCUGUCCAGAUAAAGGACGAAGGUUGAAAUUGUGACACUGUUUUAGCUGGAUAGUGUCCUUGAGUGUCUAGAGAGGCACUUUUAAAUAAAAAUUACUAUUAGUAUUAAAAAAACAAAAACAAUCGACAGAAAAGUUUUUUUUUUGUAGUUCUUUUUUGUUUCCCUCACGAUGUUAUUUCUCUGUCCUACAGUCUAUGGACAGACAAUUAAGCAGAUUAGGUGAUGAUGUCAUUUAGCAACUUUUAGCUAUUUUUAGGACAGACAUUAGCUAUUCUCCUAACUUAGGAGUUGGCAACAAUUGUUUAGUUUUGGCUUAAACUUCCAGAUGUGUGUCAGUUAUCCAUGUUUUUCUAGAGUUUUUGAGUUCGCCAAAAAUAUAUUCUUUAUCAGUGACCUCUGCGUCAACCUUUAACUCGACAUUACUCAUUGAAGGCCGUAUUAUCCCUGGAAAGACAGUAAAUCAAACUUAAAGCAAAAUACAGCUCAAACCAGAUGUUUACAUAUGCAGUAUAAACAGAAACAACCAUUUCUUUUUAUUGUAUGGGAUUAAAUCAGUGUAAACAGUUGUUUUAGGUCACAUACAUUACUAUUUGUUGAAUUGUUGAUUGAGAAAGCUAAUUUUUUUUAGAUCGUUUUUAAUUACUUUCUUCAAAGUCAUGUUUCCAUGAUUUUCUUAGUAUUUAGCAGCAAUGUGUUCAAACUGUAUGACUCGGGUCAAAGGUUUUGAGUUUCCUUAUAAAAGGUUCUCACAAUAGUUUGCUGGAAUUUAGUCCCGUUCCUCCUGACAGAACUCAAUCAUGUUUGUAGGCCGCCCAUAAAUUUUCUAUGAAAUUGAGAUCAGGGUUUUGUGAUGGCCACGCCAAAACAUUGACUUUGUUGUCCUUAAACCACUUUGUAACUUAUUUGACAGCAUGUUUAGUGUCAUUUUCUGGAAGAUCUAUUUGAGGUCAAGAUGUUGCUUCAAUAUCUUGACAUCAUCUUUUUUCCUCAUGAUGUCAUCUAUUUUGUGAAGUGUACCAGUCCCUCCUGCAGCAAAACAACCCCACAAUAUAAUGCUGCCUCUUUAGUACAGUGUAACUUUAAAGAAAAUAAUCCAAAUUUAUUUUUAUUAUUUGGGCAUUUAGGAAAUAUAUAUAUUUUUAAUUCUAAAAUGACCUAAAACGGGAAAGCUUUAGUCAGAUUUAAUGUCAAUGAGAAAAAAAAUGGUUUUUUUCUUAUUAUAGGAUGUGUAAACAAAUGGUUUCAACUGUGUUUUUACUCUCAUUUAAAAACAUUAGAUUUAUUUAAAUUAGACGCUCCUGAGAGCGAGUCCUAUAUGCCUAAUUUGUUAUUUCUGCAAGUUUGGAGCAUAGUUACGUUCCUAUUUCAUGAGCAUUUAUCUUACUUUUUUUUUUUCAACCGCAGGUCAAGCCCCGCACUGACCCCUUCAAGAAUGAAGGAAAAUAUGAAAUGGAAAACUAGAUUGUCAGUGACAGACUAUAAAUGAAACUUAGAGAUGAAAACAAAGCAGAAAACUCAACAACCCUGUACAACAUGAUGUUUUAAGUGCCUAAAAAUAAAUAUACAUUAUAUUUUUAAGACAUUUUUACAAGAAUAAAAAGAGUAUUAUUGAGACAUUUAAAAUAUUUCACACAGCUCAGAUCCAACACUUUAAAGUGAAAACUUAACACGCUCUUACUAGAACUCCUUUAUAGCGGACUUACAAAUAUGAUUUAUAUGUCACGAUGAGACCUAAUCUAAACCAAACUAAUAUUUGAUGUUUGCCUUCAAACAGCUUCAGUUUUACUUGAUCCCCCUGAACUCUGCAGGUUGUUUCAUUUCAAACAUUAAGACCUGAUAAUAGAGCUUCUGUGGAUGUUUCUGCCUCAAAUCUUGUUUCAUGUGUUGUCUAACGUGGUGCAAUCUUUCCAGGACUCUUUAAUUUGUCCUAAACAUACAUUGGCACUUAUGUACCCAGAAAAAUGUACCCUUCUACUUUUCCACGUUUUUGCAUCACGUUUUUAAGUCUCUCCAUCUUCUACCACUCAUCUGUGGUCAGGUAGAGGCAACAGCUCCAGGAGAGAAACCCAGACAUCCCUAAUCGUACAGCACACAUUACCAUAUUAACCUAAUGAUUUCAACUGGCAACAUAAAUAGAAACGUCAAAAUUUUUCAAAUUAUUUAAAACUAGAAAUGUAGAUGUCCUUCAGUAACAAUAAUCAUACCAGGAAUGAAUGUUACUGUUCCUUAAUUUAAUGUUAAUGGAAAAUCGUGUAUCCUGAAGCGUGUCAAUUAGCCGUGUGGUACGCAGACACACACAGCCAUGCCACACACGUCCGUUCAGUGACAGUAAGCAACAAGCAGGACACCAGCAGGUCUGUUGUUUCUGUCAAAAAGGUUACAGCCCAACAUCUGGUUUGAACCCCUUCUCAUUGUGGAGUACCACACGAAAGUUAAAAAUCAUUGAGCUGUGUUUGUUUCUGAAGCUAUGGGAGCUACACGUGCUUCUUAAUUCCAUGUUUAAUCUUUAAUUAGCAUUUGCUAGCCAGCAAACAGGGAGGAGAAACAACUGGAAUGUAUGUGAAGCUUUUAAACUCCAUUUCUGCUCCAAAAUAUCGCUUGAAAUAGCUCAAAUUUAUUUCUUUUCUACCCAUCUUAGCUUGUUUUCGUCUACAUUUCAACCUUAUGCUAUAAUCAGCUGUGUUCUCCGACCAAAGUCACCGAUUAUGACAGACAUGAAACCAGUGCUGGCAUGGUGUCAGUUCAGCGUUGAACUUUUUGAAGGAGUUUGAUUUUCAAAGGAGUGAUGUCAUCUUGUCAUCUGGUUUAAUAUCCAUAUGCUGUUUUAGAAUCCCUCUGAUGCACUUAACUCACUCGAGGCCUUAAGCAGAUCUGAGCAGGUAAAGUCCACUUUACACUAGACGACAACCUAACUCUGCUCUUCAUGACUUGUUGCAAUGUGAUUGGAUUGCAACAAAUGUUGAAAACCUCCUUCCUUUGAAGGAAUUCAUAAUGCUGCUACAACCUUAGUAGUCUGAUAGGUGUUCCCAGCUCUUUUCUUCAUCCCCAAGUUCUCCUGAGCCUUCACUUUGCUCUGUAACCAGCAGCAUUGACACGUGAGUUGAACAGUUGAAUCUCUUUCGGGUCCCAGGCCUGGCACGACUUUCUCAAACCGUGUCAAAAUGCAGCUAUGAGCUCGAAAAUCUUGCCACACCAUGACCCGGUCAAACUCUGUAGUYGUUGGUUUUCUUUUGGCUGCUCCCUUCUUUAAGGGGUCACCAAAUUGAACGAACUUGCACGAAAGAUUUGGCGAUUGUUUUACGACAAACACAGUUUGGGCUCGAACCAGCAGCCUUGAGAUUAAGAGAUUGCCUCACUGGACACCAAGCUACUGCAACCCCGUGUCAAGACCUGUAGAUUCUCCUGUAUGUAAAUGAGAAGUUGUUGGAUCUUAUGAGAGCAGCAUGAGAGGAUGCAGGUGAACGAACUUCAACCACAUCCUCCCUUCUUCCUCGCUCAUCCAGCAGACCUGAGCGUGACGAGAACAAGGAGCAUGGUGUGGUAUUCAUUUGUGCAGGGAGAAAGUGGAUUGGUCUCUGCAGCUGCGCAGUGACACUGAUGCAAUCCUAUUGGUCGCAGCGAGAGUGACAUGCACAGCAGCCGUGCUGCAGUAACUUACUCGGAGCACUGGCAACAUGUUGUGGCCAGAUAAGCUUUGAAUUCUCAGAAUAAGGGUGGGAUUUAUUAAGCACCUCAUGUUUGAUUCCAAUAAGAUUCAGAGGGCCGUGACGUGGUUCUAAUUAGAUGCACACUGGAUACACGUCAAAACUAACCCUGAGCAGAAAAUACCUCAGGCCUAAUAGAAACAAAAUAAAACAUUGCAUUCAAACAAGAUGUUACAAACUAAAUCAACUAAAAGAGUUGAAAUGCAUGCUCAAACACACCGGAAAACCUCACCAAAACCCUGCAAAGGAUGCAAGAUUUUCAUGUCCAGUCUGAAGGGGCGGUGGCUCAGCCAAAAUGCAAAGAACUGGUCGUAAGAUAAGCACUGGCCCCUGACCAGCACUGGAUCUACUUCUGUCAAAUAUAUAGGUUGAAAAGUGGAGAAAAGAACCUGAUGAGUGUGAGGGUGUCCUGCAAACACGAUGCACUUAAUAUGUGGAAGAAUUAAUUGUCUCUUUAGGGAAAACUGUUGCUCCUCGUGUCAACAAUCAUCAGAAUAUUUGAUUGAGGCAGGUUUUAGCGAUGGAGGAAAUGGUGUCUGAUGCCAUACAGAUAGUCAUUAUUCAAUCCUCUAACAUGAGGUAAGAACAGGAUAGAAUAGGGUUCUUUUGUCCUUGUAUGAGGYGCUUGUCUUUUAUCUUCUUCCGUAUCUGAUAUUAAGAAAAACGGGGAUAAAUGGAAAAGCGUUCAUCCUCAUUUCRUCUGUAAUCCAGACAGAUUUAAUUGUUCAAUAGUGUUAUUGUUGUUUAGUAUUCUCAUUUACCUCAGAUAUCCAUCCUGUCUCUGUGCUCCGAUACUUUGAAGGAACGAAGAACUCGGUCAUCGGUUUUCCUUCCCGAACUGCCGGGAUUUGAAUGGAGACAAUAUUUUUUCCUCAGUUGUGUGAAACGUAUUGUUGAAUGUUUAGAAACAUUUCUCGAUGUGUGCUGCCUGUAUCUUGUGAAGGUUUGAUGGGUUUUAUGGAAAAAAAGAAAAUAAUGUUGGCAAGUUGCUAUAUUUUUGUUAUGGUAAUCACAGCACUUUUUGUAAAUAGAAUGCCUUAUAUUCUCUGAUACUUUUUUGGUUUUAAACUCUUACUACAAAUGUAUAGAUGAUAUAUUUAGCUCUUUUUAGAGAAGCGUAAUAUGUAAAUGAAAUAUAAAAUGUUUUAUUUUUA